UCUCCUCCAGUGUCUCUGAUCAUCAAUCCCAGCAGAACUCAACACUUUACUAAUGACUCUCUCUCACUGAGCUGUGAGGACCAGAGUAAGUCUACUGGAUGGACAGUGAGACGAUACACACGCAGUAAGAAUGAGUCAGAUUGUUCACACUGGGGAUCAGUUACAGGAUCUACAAGUAACAUCAGCUUCUUCUCCACAUCCUACACUGGAGUUUACUGGUGUGAGUCUGAAUCUGGUGAAAACAGUAAUCCUGUCAACAUCACAGUGCAUGAUGGUGAUGUGAUCCUGGAGAGUCCUGUCCAACCUGUGACUGAGGGACAUCCUCUGACUCUACGCUGUUUAAAUCGUACAUCUAAUGCCUCAAACCUCACAACUGUUUUCUAUAAAAAUGGAACAGUUCUCCAGAACCAGACUACAGGAGAGAUGAUCAUCCAAACUGUCUCAAAGUCAGAUGAAGGUUUCUACCACUGUGAACACCCAGAGAGACGAGAGUCACCGAAAAGCUGGGUCUCAGUCAGACGUUCUAGGUCCGCUAGUACUACCUUAGCUUCUAUACUGAGUUUGACAUUUCUGAUCCUUUUAUUAAUCUUACUGCUGGGGUUCUGCAAAAUAAAGAGAGAAAAGCAGAAAACCAAUCAGACCUCAGAACUGAAUCAGAGCCGAUCAGGAGCUGAAGACUCUCAGUCAGGACACACACCACUUCAGGCUGGAAGUGAUAAUAAUUAUGACACUGUGGAACAGGCAGAUAUGAGAAGAACAGGUGAAGCUGCAGCUGAGAGCAACGAAGCCACUUACGCGCAGGUCAUGAAGGAAAAGAAAGCUGAGAGGAACAAUGAUCCUGACAUUGAGCUCAGUGGUAGUGAUGUGACUUAUGCUCAACUUGAAGUAAAACCAAAGAAGUCGUCUAUGCAAGAAAAAGAAAAAGCCAGUGUGGAUGCUGAUACUUUAUACUCAGCAGUGAAGCUGAACAACAAGUGAGUCGGUGUAUGGAGCUGAUGGAGCUGUGGUUAUAUGACAUGUUAUUUCUGUUACUUCUGUUUUCUUUUGCUUAUGAGCACUUUCUUUCACCUCCCACAUAUGUAAGCACAUACCUGCAUUUAACUGUGUACAUAGAAUAACAGUCUAUUAACAAUAAUAACAAUCUAUUACAUUAUUUAGUGCAGUCCAUCAUGGUACACAUGAAAACGUGUUUGGCCAGAUGCAAAACCUGAGCUAGGCAAAAUAAAAGAUUCGAUAGUAGAAGAACAGAAGACAAAUUUCUUUUGGGCUACCGAUUUAGCUCUGAGUUUUAAAAUGCUUUAGUCAAUGCCUUCUGGACUGGAUAUGUGCAGUCUGUUCUUCACUGUCCUACUGUUUCUUUAAGCAAGCAUCAGCUUAUCCUUAGCACCAGGAAAGUCACAGCAUAUUACCUUCAGACUAAGUUGAUUGCCUAUUUAUUUCUACAUUGACUAAUGUCAUUCUUAUGCAACUUAAAGCUCAUAUCUUGGUUUGUUUAUAGCACAUAGGAAUAAAAUUCUUAAUAUUCUUAUAUAUAUAUAUAACUUUAUACUGCAAAAUCAUUUUAUUAUUAAAGCUAUGCUUAUUGACGUAUUUUAGCACUGUAAGGUCAUGCAUAUAGAUCAUGUAUAAGUAUGCAUUCAUGCAUUAAUUAUAAAGUAGUUAUUAAUUAAUUUCUAAUUAGUUAUUUGGAAAUUACUUUUUUUUUACAUAAUCUUUCUUUGCCAAAUGCAAUUUGUAAUGUCAAUAAUGUACUUUUAGAUCUAUUCAUUAAAAUAGUUGAAUCAUUCAA